GCCGCUCCCGGCUGGAUGGACGGACGGACGGACGGAUGGAUGCCUGGAGGGGCGGAGCGCUGCCCCCGCGUCACGGCCCCGCCGGGCGCCCGCCUGAGGCCUUGCCGGGCUCUGCCUCCGCCGCUCUGCGUCACGGCCCCGCUCCGCGCCGGCUCCCGGGCGGCGGCGGCGGAAGCAGCGGCGAAGGCGAGGCGGGAGGGCGGCGUUGAAGCGGGGCCGGGCCCUGCUGUGCCGUACCGGGCCGGUCUGAUGGAGCCGGGCGGCGAGAGCGGCUGCUGGUUCCUGUACUUCGCGUACGGCAGCAACCUGCUGCGGCAGCGGCUGCUGCUGCGCAACCCCUCGGCCGCGCUCUGCGCCCUGGCGCGCCUGCAGGAUUUUAAGCUCGAGUUUGGCCAUCAUCAAGGCAGGACGAGUUCUGUCUGGCAUGGAGGUACAGCUACCAUUGCUCAGAGCCCUGGAGAUGAAGUGUGGGGAAUAGUGUGGAAAAUGAACACUUGCAAUCUAAGUUCGCUGGAUAAGCAAGAGGGAGUUGAGGAUGGCAUUUAUGUGCCAAUAGAAGUUAAUGUCCACACACAAGCAGGAAAGGUACUGACCUGUCGAAGCUACCAGAUGAAGGACUAUGUCUCUGGUCCCCCUUCUCCACAGUAUAAAAAGGUUAUCUGCAUGGGUGCAAAACAGAAUGGCUUGCCAGCUGAUUAUCAGGAGAAAUUAGAAGCUAUUGAAACUAAUAACUAUGCAGGACCGGUGCCAAUCAUGGAAGAGAUUGAAGCUGCUAUUAAAGCAGAGAAAAUAAAUUCUGCAUAGAAUGCCUCUGCAUUUGCUUGGCCAUUCACCUUGAUUUAGAUACCUCUCCUCACUGUGCUGAUCAGCAGUUGCUUUAUUUAUCAAGAAAAGAUGAGUUUGCUGUGCAUCUACAGUAAACCAUUAGACAUAACUUGCAGUCUGAAGACACAUUGACAUUGGUAACUUCCUUUUGUAUGUAUGUCUUGACUACAUGCUGUAGUACAUGCUGUAAGUACAUUGCAGAUUUAGAAAUUAUCUUUCUGUAACUGUCAUGCAGUGCUGCAUGUAAAUUUGUGCUUCAUGUCCAGUUUACUCACCUUUUAAAAAGAAAAGGCCAUCUUCAUGAGUUUUGGCACCUGUUGCCUUCUGAGGAAAAAGGGCUGCAGGAUAAGGUCAUGUGUUUAUUAAAGUUUUAUGUAUACAUAACUACUUUUGUUAGAUGCAAAGUAAACUCAAACCUCUAAGUCUAAACAUUUUUCUCUGCUACUUCUCUUAGUGGUUUAAAGCCCAACCUAUCUGAUGCUGUGGAGUUCCUGUUCCUGUUUUAUAGUUAACAAAAAAGUAGCAUUUUUUAAACUCCUUCCAUGUUUUAAAGCUAAGUCCAAAAGGCAGCCUGAGCCUGAAGACAAUAUUCAGCAAAGCAUCUCAUUCAAACUAUCAUAGCUUCCUUCCUUUCCAUGUCUUGUGAAAGUCAUAGGUAAACUGGUUAGCUAUAACCAAGGCAUUUUUAAAGAAUUCAUUUUAGUUUGAUAUUUCCAAGGGGUUUUUUUAAUUACCUUUUUGACUGGCUUGUUUGCCUAUCUACGCCUUGGUCCAGUGAAAUCAGAGUCUCCUUUGAACCCUAGAAUAUUUAUUCUGUGGGGGUUUUUUUGUCUCUUAAACCCUAAAUGAACAGACUUGGCCUCUUGGGGGUUUUUUGUUUGUUUGUUUGUUUUGGUUUUUUUCCUCCCCACAGUUUGACAAUCCAAUGCAAAACUGGAAGCUUUUGUAACAUAUGGAGUAUUUAUUUUCAUGGUACUUUGCAACCCCUGCAGUUCAUCUGUGGGGGAUGAGAAAAAAUUGACAACCUGGAAGAUGUCAAAUCACUGAGAUUUGGCUUAUCUUCUCUACAGUGUAUUUUUUUCUCUUGAUGUACAGAGAAGUGUAAGAUAUAACUGAUGUCACUGUGUGACUGCUUAGAUAAAUUAUAAAAUAACAGACUGACCAUGUCUUCUCUGUAUAAAAUGUUUUCUAUAAACUUCUGCCAGGUAUGUGUAGCUGCUGUCCUGAUGUAACAUGCUUGUUUCCAGAGUUGGGCACGGUGACUGCUGUAAAACAUGGUACUUUCCAUAUUAGCACUGUCUAGUUUGAGUAAAUAAAAUUGUGAUUACCAAA